AUGCCCCCGCGAAAGCGACAAGCCGCGGCUCCCGAGACACCCGUGGCAUCCGCCGGCCGUCGAUCCACGCGCAUCGGCUCGUCCGGCAAGAAGAGCCAGUACUUCGAGGCAUCCUCUGACGACGAAAUUGAGGAUUCUACAGCAGACGAGUUCAAGGCCACAAAUGGCAAUGGCACCGGCAGGAAGAGAGGGAGACCGCGCAAGAACCCCGCGUCGCGACCGACAUCCACUGGCAAGAAGAAGGCCAAGAUCGAGCAGGACGACGACGACUCAGACGAGUUCCAGGAGGAUGGCAAGGACGAGGAAGAAGACGAUGAUAACGAGCUGGACGAGGACGAGGAACCGCGGGUCACCAUCACGCCGUUGAACAAGAUGCGCGGGACUGGAGGCGUCGACUACGAGGAUGACAGGCUGCAUCCGAACACCCUGCUCUUCCUCAAGGACCUCAAGGCAAAUAACAAGAGGUCAUGGCUUAAGUCCAACGACCCCGAGUACCGCCGCUCCCUCCAAGACUGGAACACCUACGUCGAGUCCCUAAUGCAGCGCAUCAUCGCCGCGGACCCCACGAUCCCGGAGCUGCCGCUCAAGGACGUCGUCUUCCGCAUCUACCGCGACAUCCGCUUCAGCAACGACCCGACCCCCUACAAGCCGCACUACAGCGUCGCCUUCUCGCGCACGGGCAGGAAGGGCCCCUACGCGUGCUACUACGUCCACUGUGAGCCCGGGUCGUGCUUCGUCGGCGGCGGGCUCUGGCACCCGGACGCCUCGCACCUGGCCAAGCUGCGCGCGUCCAUCGACGAGAGGCCCCGCCGGUGGAGGAGGGUGCUGGUGGAUGACGGGUUCCGGGCGGCGUUCCUGCCCGGGGCGAAGAGGGGCGAUGAGAAGAGCUGCCUGAAGGCGUUUUGUAAGGCGAGUGGGGAGAAUGCUUUGAAGACAAAGCCAAAGGGCUUCGACGCCGAUCACCGAGACAUCGAGUUGCUCAAGCUGCGCAACUUCACGGUGGGGAAGAAGAUCCCUGACAGUGCCCUCACCGCGGAGGAUAGCCAGGACCAGAUCACGGAUAUUAUCAGGGCCAUGGUUGGAUAUGUUGGCUUCCUGAACGACGUGGUUAUGCCGGACCCGAACCUGGACAGUGACUCGAGCUCGGAGGAGGAAGACGGGGAUGAGAAUGGCGAUGGGGAUGAAGAUGAUAACGCAGACGAAGGAGAAUGA